UUUCGUCCUCCAGCUAACGGCUACCGCCAUGGCGUCAACUGAGAUAGCAAGGCAAGCGGGUGAAGGUGCUCGUGCUGUCCCUCUGGCAGGCCAUGUCGGCUUCGACAGCAUGCCUGACCAGCUGGUCAACAAGUCUGUCAACCACGGAUUCUGCUUUAACAUCCUCUGUGUUGGUGAGACGGGACUGGGGAAGUCCACCCUGAUGGACACGUUGUUUAACACCAAGUUUGAGGGUGAGCCCACCCAGCACAACCAGCCGGGAGUCACGCUCAAAUCCAACACCUAUGAACUCCAGGAGAGUAAUGUGCGCCUCAAACUCACUGUUGUCAACACCGUGGGCUUCGGAGACCAGAUCAAUAAAGAAGACAGCUACAAGUCCAUUGUGGAGUUUAUUGAUGCCCAGUUUGAAGCAUAUCUACAGGAGGAACUGAAAAUCAAGCGCACGCUACACAGCUACCACGACACCCGCAUCCAUGCAUGCCUGUACUUCAUCGCUCCCACGGGACACUCGCUCAAAUCCCUGGACUUGGUGACCAUGAAGAAACUUGAUAGCAAGGUCAAUAUUAUCCCAAUCAUUGCCAAAUCAGAUGCCAUCUCCAAGAGCGAGCUGGCCAAGUUCAAAAUCAAAAUAACCAGUGAGCUGGUCAGCAACGGAGUGCAGAUCUACCAGUUCCCCACUGAUGACGAGUCUGUGGCAGAGAUCAACUCCACCAUGAACAGCCAUUUGCCGUUUGCUGUGGUGGGGAGCACAGAGGAAGUGAAGAUUGGGAACAAGAUGGUGAAGGCCCGGCAGUACCCCUGGGGGACGGUGCAGGUGGAAAACGAGAAUCACUGUGACUUUGUCAAACUGCGAGAAAUGCUGAUCAGAGUGAACAUGGAGGACCUGCGAGAGCAGACUCACACACGCCAUUAUGAGCUCUACCGCCGCUGCAAACUGGAGGAGAUGGGCUUUAAGGACACAGACCCUGACAGCAAGCCCUUCAGUCUGCAGGAGACGUAUGAAGCUAAGAGGAACGAGUUCAUGGGUGAGCUGCAGAAGAAAGAAGAAGAAAUGAGGCAAAUGUUUGUCCAAAGAGUCAAAGAGAAGGAAGCCGAGCUUAAAGAAGCUGAGAAAGAGCUGCACGAGAAGUUUGACCGUCUGAAGAAACUCCACCAGGAUGAGAAAAAGAAACUGGAGGAAAAGAAGAAGUCCCUGGACGACGAGCUCAACACGUUCAAACAGAAAAAGACUGCAGCAGAGCUCUUGCAGAACCAAGCUCAGCAGGCAGGGGGCUCUACCACACUCAAGAGGGACAAAGAGAGGAAAAACUGAUGUGACUCCGUGCCUGUUAGAAAAGGAAGAAGACACUUGCACUGAGAAGCUUAGGAUCCCUGUAGAAAAAGUGCUCCCUUGUGGCCAUCCUGCUGUGAAUGAGUUUCCACCCCAUCAUCCUUUACCGUGCCCCCCUCCCCCACCCUCACCCCAAACUCCCGUAAUUCAACCCUCCACAUGCUCCCCCCCCCCCCCCUGCUCUGUGGAAGACGCUGGGCAUUGCUAUCAGUUUACAUCACCUGUUUAUGCUGAAUGAUGCUUGUCUAUUAUUUGGUUUGUACAAGCAAUUAUUCAGCGUGUCUUUUUAUGCAAAUUGACAAAAAAUGCAUUCCAUAUUUGUUUUAUAUUCAGUGGUUUCUUUGCAUGAUGGAGUGAGCUUUUUUUAAUAUUAACAUACAUGACUACUGUUGUGAUGGGCAGAAAUGUAUUGAGGCUAAAGAGAAACAUGCAUCAGACACUGGGACCUGAGAGUGAAGAAAGAAUUAAAGCCACUGAGGAUUGAUGCGAGGAUGGUUGAAGCUAAUGUUGCAUAACCCUGAUCCAUCUUCAGCUUAGUGAUUUUUAAUUUUACAAACUCAGUGCAACAGCAGCCUAUGGAGUAACUGUAAACAACAGUCAUAAACAUAUUUCUUAGUAGGUAGUAAUUACUUAACAGUUGGCUUGGGGUUGAGCUAGUUUGUUAUUAGUUAAAGGUUAUAAUCCUUAAGAUUUCAGUUGACACCAGUGAUUACCAUGUUAACAGCAAGUGUGGUUUUAUACUACAGCGCUGAGCAGCUACUUUGUCAGAAAUACAACAGCGGAGCGACUGGUGUAGCUGUUUACUGUGUAGCCACACAAACUCAUUGUUUUGGUUUUAAAAAAUGUAAGAAAUCUGUCAGAACUUGGCCUUUUACCAUCAUGUGCAACUACAAUCUGAUUCCAUGCUGCAUACGACGCAAGUAGUUACACCCUGGCGCUAAUCUUAGUGACAGAUACAUUACGUUUGCUGUGAUUGCUUCACAGUAAAAGGCACCACGUUUCAUCAGUUGAAUGCUUUUCAGCGUGAAGCAGCAGCAGCAGGAAAGUGCAAGUAGCAGUACGGCUCUGACACAGCUUUAUUAGAGGGAACCAUAAACAGUGAGUCUGAUGAGAUAAAUUUACAGUAAUGUUUGAUUAUAUGGUCACAUUAUUUACUGUGAAUACUGUGUGUGUGUGAAGUCAGUUUGAAAUCUAGCUCAGAAAUGGCGGACCCUGCCGCUAACAAUGAAAACUACAUUUAAAGAGGUAAUUACUGAAUACAUAUACGUUAAAUGGUAGCUGCUGUGAAAAUGAUGACCAUAAAUAGGAUAGCACUCCAUAAAAAUCUUACAUUAAAAGUUCCAUUAAAACAUUAAAAGUUCCACUAGUUAUUACUGCGGCCGUACAAGUUUGGGCUUGAAGUAAAAAAUAGAAACAGAGAUCUCGUUCUCUAUUUUUGGUAUUUAUGUCCCCUUGCUGAUGUUGUUUCACUUUAGCCUGAUGCAUGAGAAGAUGUGAGCCUAAUCUCUUUGCCACUUCUCCCAUACCUCAUUCAUUGUCAUGUGUUUUGUGCAUAUUUGUAUUAGCUUUCACAUUUGCACUUUUUUUUUUUUACACACACAAAUGUGAUAUUUUUAAGUAUAUAUUAAUGUUGUCAGUGCAAUUGUAACUUUCUUUUUAUUUGACUUAUUAUGAAGGCACAUUUAAAAGUCAUUCCUCGUGAUGUCCAUUGUCCUGCAGGGACCAGUGUUGUUUGUAUCCGUGUUACGCAUAAAAAAUACAAUAUCUCAAAAGAAAAUAAAUAAAGGCCAAUUUCACCAAAUGUUACAA